AUGAACCUGACAUAUAAAUCUACAAGCAAAGCAAAACUGAAAUUUACCCAUGAACCAUGGACCUUGCCGGCAUCCUGCGAGGACCCCUCUCAGCGCAUCCUGCGGGGACCCCUCUCAGCGCAUCCUGCGAGGACCCCUCACAGGGCAUCCUGCGAGGACCCCUCUCAGCGCAUCCUGCGCGGAACCCCUCUCAGCGCAUCCUGCGGGGACCCCUCUCAGCGCAUCCUGCGCGGAACCCCUCUCAGCGCAUCCUGCGCGGAACCCCUCUCAGCGCAUCCUGCGCGGAACCCCUCUCAGCGCAUCCUGCGCGGAACCCCUCUCAGCGCAUCCUGCGCGGAACCCCUCUCAGCGCAUCCUGCGCGGAACCCCUCUCAGCGCAUCCUGCGCGGAACCCCUCUCAGCGCAUCCUGCGCGGAACCCCUCUCAGCGCAUCCUGCGCGGAACCCCUCUCAGCGCAUCCUGCGCGGAACCCCUCUCAGCGCAUCCUGCGCGGAACCCCUCUCAGCGCAUCCUGCGAGGACCCCUCUCAGCGCAUCCUGCGAGGACCCCUCUCAGCGCAUCCUGCGAGGACCCCUCUCAGCGCAUCCUGCGCGGAACCCCUCUCAGCGCAUCCUGCGAGGACCCCUCUCAGCGCAUCCUGCGAGGACCCCUCUCAGCGCAUCCUGCGCGGAACCCCUCUCAGCGCAUCCUGCGCGGAACCCCUCUCAGCGCAUCCUGCGAGUACCCCUCUCAGCGCAUCCUGCGCGGAACCUCUCUCAGCGCAUCCUGCGAGGACCCCUCUCAGCGCAUCCUGCGAGGACCCCUCUCAGCGCAUCCUGCGCGGAACCCCUCUCAGCGCAUCCUGCGCGGAACCCCUCUCAGCGCAUCCUGCGAGGACCCCUCUCAGCGCAUCCUGCGAGGACCCCUCUCAGCGCAUCCUGCGAGGACCCCUCUCAGCGCAUCCUGCGAGGACCCCUCUCAGCGCAUCCUGCGCGGAACCCCUCUCAGCGCAUCCUGCGAGGACCCCUCUCAGCGCAUCCUGCGAGGACCCCUCUCAGCGCAUCCUGCGCGGAACCCAUCUCAGCGCAUCCUGUGCGGAACCCCUCUCAGCGCAUCCUGCGAGGACCCCUCUCAGCGCAUCCUGCGAGGACCCCUCUCAGCGCAUCCUGCGAGGACCCCUCUCAGCGCAUCCUGCGCGGAACCUCUCUCAGCGCAUCCUGCGAGGACCCCUCUCAGCGCAUCCUGCGAGGACCCCUCUCAGCGCAUCCUGCGCGGAACCCCUCUCAGCGCAUCCUGCGCGGAACCCCUCUCAGCGCAUCCUGCGAGGACCCCUCUCAGCGCAUCCUGCGAGGACCCCUCUCAGCGCAUCCUGCGAGGACCCCUCUCAGCGCAUCCUGCGAGGACCCCUCUCAGCGCAUCCUGCGCGGAACCCCUCUCAGCGCAUCCUGCGCGGAACCCCUCUCAGCGCAUCCUGCGAGGACCCCUCUCAGCGCAUCCUGCGAGGACCCCUCUCAGCGCAUCCUGCGCGGAACCCCUCUCAGCGCAUCCUGCGCGGAACCCCUCUCAGCGCAUCCUGCGAGGACCCCUCUCAGCGCAUCCUGCGCGGAACCUCUCUCAGCGCAUCCUGCGAGGACCCCUCUCAGCGCAUCCUGCGAGGACCCCUCUCAGCGCAUCCUGCGCGGAACCCCUCUCAGCGCAUCCUGCGAGGACCCCUCUCAGCGCAUCCUGCGAGGACCCCUCUCAGCGCAUCCUGCGCGGAACCCCUCUCAGCGCAUCCUGCGCGGAACCCCUCUCAGCGCAUCCUGCGCGGAACCCCUCUCAGCGCAUCCUGCGAGGACCCCUCUCAGCGCAUCCUGCGAGGACCCCUCUCAGCGCAUCCUGCGCGGAACCCCUCUCAGCGCAUCCUGCGCGGAACCCCUCUCAGCGCAUCCUGCGCGGAACCCCUCUCAGCGCAUCCUGCGAGGACCCUCUCAGCGCAUCCUGCGAGGACCCCUCUCAGCGCAUCCUGCGAGGACCCCUCUCAGCGCAUCCUGCGAGGACCCCUCUCAGCGCAUCCUGCGAGGACCCCUCUCAGCGCAUCCUGCGCGGAACCCCUCUCAGCGCAUCCUGCGCGGAACCCCUCUCAGCGCAUCCUGCGAGGACCCCUCUCAGCGCAUCCUGCGCGGAACCCCUCUCAGCGCAUCCUGCGAGGACCCCUCUCAGCGCAUCCUGCGAGGACCCCUCUCAGCGCAUCCUGCGCGGAACCCCUCUCAGCGCAUCCUGCGCGGAACCCCUCUCAGCGCAUCCUGCGAGGACCCCUCUCAGCGCAUCCUGCGCGGAACCUCUCUCAGCGCAUCCUGCGAGGACCCCUCUCAGCGCAUCCUGCGCGGAACCCCUCUCAGCGCAUCCUGCGCGGAACCCCUUUCAGCGCAUCCUGCGAGGACCCCUCUCAGCGCAUCCUGCGCGGAACCCCUCUCAGCGCAUCCUGCGAGGACCCCUCUCAGCGCAUCCUGCGCGGAACCCUCUCAGCGCAUCCUGCGCGGAACCCCUCUCAGCGCAUCCUGCGCGGAACCCCUCUCAGCGCAUCCUGCGAGGACCCCUCUCAGCGCAUCCUGCGAGGACCCCUCUCAGCGCAUCCUGCGAGGACCCCUCUCAGCGCAUCCUGCGAGGACCCCUCUCAGCGCAUCCUGCGCGGAACCCCUCUCAGCGCAUCCUGCGCGGAACCCCUCUCAGCGCAUCCUGCGAGGACCCCUCUCAGCGCAUCCUGCGCGGAACCCCUCUCAGCGCAUCCUGCGCGGAACCCCUCUCAGCGCAUCCUGCGCGGAACCCCUCUCAGCGCAUCCUGCGAGUACCCCUCUCAGCGCAUCCUGCGAGGACCCCUCUCAGCGCAUCCUGCGAGGACCCCUCUCAGCGCAUCCUGCGAGGACCCCUCUCAGCGCAUCCUGCGAGGACCCCUCUCAGCGCAUCCUGCGAGGACCCCUCUCAGUGCAUCCUGCGAGGACUCUGGCGAGCCCGCGAGGCAGCAGUGCGGCGGAGUCGAUCGAGUGA